GCAACGGCAUCGGAUGGGUUCCGGCAGCGUCACGGCAGCGCCCGGAACUGGCUCCUGGAAGUGCCUCCCAGUUCCGCCGGGCGGGCAACAUGUCUGACAACGAGGACAACUUUGAUGGGGACGACUUCGACGAUGUGGAGGAGGAUGAGGGCCUGGAGGACCUGGAGAACGCGGAGGAGGAAGGACAGGAGAACGUGGAAAUCCUGCCCUCGGGAGAGCGACAGCAGGCGAACCAGAAGCGGAUUACAACACCCUACAUGACCAAGUACGAGCGAGCCAGAGUCCUGGGCACCCGUGCUCUCCAGAUAGCGAUGUGUGCCCCUGUGAUGGUUGAGCUGGAAGGAGAGACAGACCCCUUGCUGAUUGCCAUGAAAGAACUCAAAGCACGCAAGAUCCCCAUAAUCAUCCGUCGUUACCUGCCAGAUGGGAGCUAUGAAGACUGGGGUGUGGAUGAGUUAAUUAUCACAGACUGAUCAGACUCCAGCCACCAGCUGUUUUUUUUUUUUUCUUUUUCAGGAAUGUUUCUAAUUUUGUUUAGUAUUUAUGUAAAUAAAUUUUAAAUCUCCUCAUUUUAAGUUAAAUGUGUUUGGGUUUUUUC